GUGGCAGCAUCAGGACCACUCUCUCUGUCUUACUGGUCACGUUCUCACUCUGCGCGUAUGUUGAGCAUCAGAGGUGGCAAAGUAAUUUAUGUGGCCUUCAGUCAGCGGACCGACUCAGAUCCGACCCAGGACGCCUGAGGAAUGGCCUCUGAACAGGAUGGGUCUAACACCACCAGAAAUCUGACCAACCAGUUUGUGCAGCCCGCGUGGCGCAUCGCGCUGUGGUCGGUGGCUUACAGCACUGUGCUGGCAGUGGCAGUUUUCGGGAACUUGAUUGUGAUUUGGAUUAUUUUGGCGCACAAGCGGAUGAGGACCGAUUUCAUGCUGAACUUGGCUUUCUCUGAUGUUUCGAUGGCUGCGUUCAACACGCUCAUCAACUUCAUCUACGCAGCGCAUGGAGAAUGGUACUUUGGAGAAGUGUACUGCAGGUUUCACAACUUUUUCCCUGUCACUGCUGUGUUCGCCAGCAUCUACUCUAUGACUGCGAUAGCCAUCGACAGGUACAUGGCCAUCAUCCACCCUCUGAAGCCUCGUCUGUCAGCAAAAGCCACACUGGGAGUCAUUGUCUGUGUCUGGAGUCUGGCUGUGGUUCUGGCCUUCCCUCUCUGCUACUUCUCCACAACUCGAGCGUUGCCUCGUAGGACCCUCUGUUAUGUGGCCUGGCCCCGCAUGGCUGACGACCCCUUCAUGUAUCAUAUCAUAGUGACAGUUCUGGUGUAUGUUCUGCCAUUACUGGUGAUGGGCAUCACUUAUACCAUCGUGGGAGUGACGCUGUGGGGAGGCGAGAUCCCUGGAGACUCAUCUGAUCACUAUCAUGGACAACUCAGGGCCAAACGGAAGGUGGUGAAGAUGAUGAUCAUCGUAGUGGUGACCUUUGCCCUCUGCUGGCUGCCCUAUCACGUCUACUUCAUUGUGACGGGGCUCAACAAGCGUCUGAGUAGGUGGAAGUACAUCCAGCAGGUCUACCUGUCAGUGUUGUGGCUGGCAAUGAGCUCCACCAUGUACAACCCCAUCAUCUACUGCUGCCUCAACAGCAGGUUCAGGGCCGGCUUCAAGCAGGUUUUCCGCUGGUGUCCCUUUGUCCGGGUCUCGAGCUAUGAUGAGCUGGAGCUCCAAAAUACAAGACUUCGGCCAGGUCACCAGAGUAGCAUGUGCACUCUCUCUCGGGUCGAAACCAGCAUCCUCAGCAAGGACAAGAGCACUUGUUCUCGUGGACAGAGGUCAAGAUUCAACUCUGAGCCCAAUAAUUAAGACUUGUCUUCACUGCUGCUAAUAGAUAAUUCUGCUUAGUCGUAAUGGUGCCAGUUUGCCAAAAUGCAAACAAAUACAAGCUGAAGGCCUCAAGUUGUGUUUUACAACAAACGGUGAGUCUAUGGAAACAGUUUGCUCAAUUUUACUUCUGUUGUGGAGAUGUGUAGUAGUGUCAGUUUUAUUCAGGUAGGGGACCCACAGUGUCAGACUCUGACACCGAUAACUUCUUUUGGUCUAUGUGCUGUUUAUUAUAUAUAGUUCCUUAUUAUCUCUGUACUAAGUGAGGAAUGUCAGCAGUGAUGUUCAGUUCUGACAAUUAAUGUUCUGUAUCAUCCUGUUAUACUAUACUACUGUAUGUAAUAUAGCUUUCCAGUUUCAUGUUGAGUUUCAGUCUUUUGACAUUAACGCCUUUCAUCAGUUUAAACAGUUUAUUUUAGAGAUUCAUUUCUUUUUAAUUAUACAUUGCUGCUGUUCAUUACAGUAGUUUGAACAUGUUUAGCACAAAGUGUGCACUGAGAUAUUUUGUUAUGUUGUAUCCAAAACUUGCUUGUGUAAUUUUUAUUAGCAGGAGAAAACACAUGCCAUUUUAAAAAUGUACUUUUUGGGACUAUUAUAAAG